UUGCUGCUGCCAGAGGGAGGAGGCUUAUGUGCGUAAAGAAGAGCCUGACGUCACAUGACCGCCUCUUACUCUCAAACCCAUCAUUUGAGGAAUAACACCACAUAUUUGUGUGAAGCUCAUCUGCCUCCAUCCAGCGGCGUGUCUCAGUGCAGAUUAAACCAUAGGAUGCCAUUUAAACGAACCGACGGAUUCUAGCGAUUUUCUCGGGACUAAACCGGAGUUUGGUUAUCAAGGCAGCUGAGGCUCAAGUUCUUGUUCCCGUCUGCAAGUGGAGGACAAUACUAGGCGAUAAUCAUGGCGGAAAACAACUUUCCACCCCUGCCUCGAUUCAUCCCCCUCAAGCCGUGCUUUUACCAAGACUUCAACGAGAUCCCAGACCAACAUCGCACCAUGUGCAAGAGGCUCUACUACUUAUGGAUCUUGAAUAGUGCCACACUAGCUGUUAAUCUGAUCGGCUGCCUGGCGUGGAUGUGUGGAGGCGGCGGGGCGACCAACUUUGGCAUGGCCAUCCUGUGGCUCAUCCUCUUCACUCCCUGUUCCUAUGUGUGCUGGUUCAGGCCCAUCUACAAAGCCUUCAAGACGGACAGCUCUUUCAACUUCAUGGCUUUCUUCUUCGUCUUCAUGGCCCAGGUGGUGAUCAGUAUUAUCCAGACUGUUGGCAUUCCUGGCUGGGGAGUGUGUGGCUGGCUGGCUACCAUCACCUUCUUCGGCACCAACAUCGGCUCCGCUGUGGUCAUGCUGAUUCCCACCAUCAUGUUCACUGCGGUGGCUAUUCUGUCCUUCGUCGCCCUCACGAAGGUUCAUAACUUCUACCGUGGCAGUGGAGGCAGCCUGGGUAAAGCCCAGGAGGAGUGGGCCUCGGGGGCCUGGAAGAACCCACAUGUCCAGCAGGCGGCUCAGCAGGCGGCCGUGGGGGCUGCGCAGGGCGCCAUGCAGCAGAACCAGUACUCAGCGGCUCCCACCUACAACUACGACGACCCGAUGUAGGACAGACGAGGGGCCCGGGCUGCCGAGUGGGAGAGCUAAAAAGGGAUCAAUUAAGAACACAAUUCAGAAUUAGGUGCCCGUCAUUAUUGUAACACUGUACAAGCUGAAUUCAAACAGAACUAUGUAGAGGAAAGUCUUUCUUUUUGGUGGAAGUGUACUUUUAAUGAACAUGACACAUGUGGGAUUUUAUAAUUUUAGUCAGUUCACGUUUAAAACAACAGUCAUUAAACAAACUGUUGCCCCCGUUGUUUUAUGCCGCUCAACUUAAGCUGGUCAACGUGUUAUGUUGCUUUCCGACGGAGACACACAAUAUAGCUAGAGCUAAUCACCCGGGCUUCAUCGAUUUACUCAGAUUGGUUCACAAGUGAUCUGCACAGAGCGACUUCUCUGCCUUUGUCACACUUAAUUUUAAAACAACUUCUGUUGUGUUUUAAGGUACCGAACAGCUAUAAUGUAUCUUAGCCUUGGAGGUCACCAAAUGCUAAAACGUUCGCUCAUCCAUAAAUUUACUUGAAUAGCUAUUCAGCUAACAAGUCUUAAACACAAAACACCAAAAAAACUUUUAAGGAUGAGUUUCCAUUUAAAGAACAGUUUGACAUCUGAAGAAAUAGCCAUAUUAGCUUUCUUGCCAAGGGUUACAUGAGAACUUAAUACCUUUCUCAUAUCGAUAUUAUAUAUGCAACCUCGCGCUAUGUGCAACUUAGCUUAGCAUAACGACAGGAAACAGUGAACACAGGUAGCCUGCUACUGCGCAAAGAUACCGAAAUAACUUAACAUUACAUCUAACCAGAGUAGGUUUUGUUAACCUUUGGGCAGAGCCAGAGGCAAAUAGCUAGUUGUUUACCCUUGUCUAGUCUUUUUGCUAAGCUAAGCUAAGCUAAUGGGCUGCUGGUGACAGCUUCAUAUUUAGUCUACCAGACAGAUACGGCAAAAGUGUUAUUUUUCUCAUCUAACUUUUCGCAAUAAUGCCAAUGAGACUACAUUAGGACUACAUUUUAAAAGGUUUUCAAUCAAUUUAAUUAAUAUUAAUGAGGGAAUUUGCUGUAUUUUUCUUUGUCACUUUCAAGAGAAAAAACUAAGCAAACUGUAGCUUAGAUUGAGCAUUUAAAAAAAAAAGUAUAUAUAGUUUUAGUUUUGGUGAUCUGUUUUUCUUUUCUUGAUGUCAGUCAAUAUUUUCUUUACAUUCUCAGGAAAGGUGUGAUAGCUGCGUCUAAACUGUAUCCGUGAAGCCCGCAGAGCGUCAUCGUGUUGGGCCUUCUGUCUCCUCUUAUCGCCGACAUUUUAACCAUCCGGGACGUUUGGUUUUGUCGUUACAUACUGGUCACGUGUUGAGCAGGCGGGUUUCAGUUGAAUUCAUUUUUUUUUUUUUAAUCACGCGUUUGAAGGGAAGCACACGCCGUAUUUUAAGCAUCGCAGUUUAUUGGACAAACAUUCCAAAAUCAACAUUGUACAGGACAAAAAUGAAAGAAAACCAAAACACUAACAGUAGGGUAACUAAUAGUAAUAACUGUUGUAGGUGCUCUUAGCAUUUGUAUGAGUGAUGGAUGUUUUCCCCCUUUUGGCAAAAAUUCUCCCAACUUCAUGUAAAUGAUUCAAUGACUACUUGUUUCUGAAGAUCUGGAUUUCAGGCCUUAGUGUGUCCUUUCGUGGCUGUCGGUGUUAUUCCAUGAGUCGGUGUAAUAUGAUACUUGUAUAAAAAGAAAAUAGAAUAUUAAAUUCAAGCCUAUUAUUUCUGUAUGGAGUGUAAAUGUAACAGGAGGGUGUUUGAGCCGUGGCGAGGGCUGGUGAGUGUUCAGUCGGAGACAUGUUGAAUUCAGUGAAAAGGUUUUUCUUUGCCUCUUGUAUACAACAUUCAGUAGGUGGUUAUUACAGUAACAGUAUUAGACUUGAAAACCGAUGUGAAGAUACGUAUCUGAAUGCUCGUUAUUUUCAAAAAAGUGAGUCGUCUUGUCUGAUCGUGAUGACGUGGUGUUCAGUAGGCCGUUUUGUUUUUAGUUUCGUAUUUCUUUCGGUGUAAUUUUGGAUGACGUGUGGAUGAAGCACAUGUGCGUCGUGUCCUUCCAUGGCCCUCGGGUUUUUAUUUAUCGCCAAGUUUGAGCGAGUUUCGAGUUGACGUUUGCACUGGGUUACCUGUUUACGUCAGUGCAAACCAGGUUCGCACUGAAUUUACAGUGGAGCAAUACUAACAAACAUAUGACAUGGUUAUUUGAAACAAGUGGGGGCCUGUGGUGAAGGCCUCGAAAAAAGAAACGAAAAGUGUUAUGAAAUAAAAAAAUAAUUUAAAAAAAAAAGGGCCUGUUCUCGAGAUGGAACCACUAGUAUGAUUUUACAGCUGCAGACCAUUUUUCACCAGCAGAUGCACAUACAGUAGUUAUAAAGUAUAACCCUUUUGACGGUACUAUACACCCGCUCAUCUGUUUAGUGAAUGCACAGCUGAUCAUUUCUCUGACUUAAAUGUGAAGUUUUGCACAAAAGGUGAACAAACAAGCUACUUUUCAGUGUGUGUAGUACGUUCUCAACCUUCUGCCAUAUGUACAUACAGCACAGUUUAUUGUGGGGAAUUACAGCUGUGUAGUUAUUGUGUAGCGGGGACAUGCCGCGCGUCUGACUACUUUUUAGUAUGUCGCUGUAUCAAAGCUUCUGAAAGCCAUUUCCCUUUAUCUUCCUCCAUGUUCCCACACAUAAUGUAUGUUGUUUGAAAUGAUGUAUUAUCAUGUACUAUAUCAUAUAAGUAGAUUUGAAUAUAUAUAUAUAAAUAUAUAUAUAUAUAAAAUUAAACUUGAGGUAAAUAUUUGCCAUGGAUAAACCCAUUCAGUAGGAACAUGCUCUAAUUAGGUGAAUGAAAGGUUUGAGGGGGCUGUGUCUCCUUGAGCGGCGUGAACGAGGAAAAUACAUUUUUGUGUAUUACUUUUGUAUUAUUUGGUCUUAUCCUUAAUAGAUAUUAAAUAGUCCUUGUUGCA